CACAGAGAGGUCCUACGCAUGACGGACGGACACACCUUCACUCAUCGGCGCUAUCGACAAAAAAAAUAAAAAUUUGUUACAACCUUUGGAGUCCCUGACACUGGUGUGCUAUCACUGGAUUAGUAGGUUGUGAGGACAUGUGUGUUAAGGAUGCCGUGUGUUUCAGCCUCCAUUUUCCCUGCCGCGGAACGAAGCCACAACCAUACAGAAACCGGCUUCAGCAACUGCAGCGCGGGGAACCAUGACAGCACGGAGUCUAUGAAGGUUCUUCUCCUCUUCCUCUUGCUGCCCAUCAUCGUCUUCGCCAUACUGGGCAACCUCUUCAUCGUGGUGUCCGUGGCCUACUUCCGCCAGCUGCAAACCUCCACCAACGCCUUCAUCGUUUCCCUGGCGACCGCCGACUUCCUGGUGGGGGCGCUGGUGAUGCCAGUCAGUCUGGUUCGCUCGGUGGACCGCUGGCGGUUUGGGCGGCUCUUCUGCACCGCCCACUUCCUCUUGGACGUCAUCCUCUGCACCGCCUCCAUCUUCAACCUGAGCUGCGUGGCGCUGGACCGCUACCUAGCCGUAUGUGACCCACUGCGCUACCCCGCUCGCAUGUCCGCUGCCCGGGUCACCAAACUGCUGCUCCUCUCCUGGCUCAUCCCUGUUUCGGGGUCCUGCCUGCUGGUGGUGGCGGACCUGCACACGCAGAGCGGGGAGGGGGUCCUGACGGGGCGGGGGGGCGAGGAGUGCUUCCCCGAAAUGAGGGCCCCUUACGGCGUCAUGGCCUCUGUUCUGAGCUUCUUCCUGCCCAUGGCAUUCGUGGUGGCGGCGUACGGGCGGAUCUUCCAGGAGGCUCAGAGGCAGGCCCGGCAGAUCCAGGCAGCGGAGGCCCAUGUCAGGCAGAGCCACCCGGCCCAGAGCCCCUCCGUCCCACAGGCCACACCGGGCAUCGCCGCCAGGAAGGCAGGGAAGGCCACACGGACGCUGGGGAUCCUCCUGGGCGGGUUCCUGCUGUGCUGGCUCCCCUUCUUCUCCGUCAACGCGGGGCACCCGCUCUGCGGGCGUCCGGUCGGCCGCCAGGUCCAGGAGUGCGUCCUGUGGCUUGGCUACGCUAACUCCGCCCUCAACCCCGUGCUCUACGCCUUCGUCAACCGGGCCUUCCGUCGCUCCUUCGUCAUCCUCCUGGCCUGCGGCAUUCUGGGACGGCGGCUCCAGGACGGCCCCCUCGACCCCGGGGCCAGCCGGAACACGGGCCCUGAGCUGGGGUCUGUCGCCAGAUGAGAGCCCCCAAAUUCACUCGCAGUGCACCCCUUACAUAUCUCUUUAUUCUCCUUGCUUAUUUUUCACUGCACGGUCCUUCCCUGACCAGGCAGUGUCAAGUAGUUCUUAUUUAUCCAUUGAUAUGCUGACUGAGAAAAACCCAAACAGCAACAUUCAGUGUUCGUACAAUAAUGUGUGAUACCAUAAAUAAAAAGACUUUGUAUUUUUUUGUUAAUAAAUAAAUGCAUAUAUAACCAGCCAGCAAGUAUGUUAAAUAUUAAAUCAAAACCUAAGAAAACAAAAUUUCUGUGUAAUCUGUCAUUUAUCCAAAACAUUUACAUCUUAAGGAUGUCAGCCAAGUUUGUGUAAACAUAUUUCAAAUUAAUUUCUGCUUGAUAAAUAACCAAUAUAUUUAAUAUUCAAUCAUUACAUUUUAUAGAAUAUUUACGUGGUGUUUUGAAGGAUUUAGCUGUAAAUGGCAAAUCCAAUAUUAUUAUCAUGUCUUUUUUGUACCUAUAAAAUUGUAAUUGUAACAGUUGUU